AUGUUGCGCCUCUUCAUAGUCUAUGCUCUUCUUUUGACUAAUAAUGUCAUUGCUUACAGCACAAGGUGGAAUCCAGAUUUUCCGGGAGCUAGUUUAAUAACAACACCGGAGUCUCUUGAGGGAACACUUUCUGUUGUGACUACAACCUCAACCUCAACUUCAUCUACUUCAUCUACUUCAUCUACUUCAUCUACUUCAUCUACUUCAUCUACUUCAUCUACUUCAUCUACUUCAUCUACUUCAUCUACUUCAUCUACUUCAUCUACUUCAUCUACUUCAUCUACUUCAUCUACUUCAUCAACAACUUCUACUUCAUCCAUCUCAUCAUCCACUUCCACUUCAUCAACUACUUUGACCCUUUCCACUUCAUCAACAACUUCAAUAUCAUCAACUUUGAUUUCUUCAACAACAACAUCUUCUUCGUCCUCACAAAUUUUCUCAACUCCUUCAACCAUUUCAACUUUAUCAACUCCUUCCACAUUGUCUACUUCCUCAGCUUCCUCGACUCCCUCAACUUCCUCAACUUUUUCAACCCCUUCAACUUCAUCAACCGUUUCAACAUCCUUCGCUUCUUCCACAUUCUCUUCUUCUAACCCUACCGAACUUUCAACAUCAACGUUUAUUCCAACUACACCUUCCACCACAGAUACUUCUGGUACUUCGUCUUCCUCCAUAACAUCUUCAUCAUUUGUUACCUUCACCUUGGCUACUACAGACUCACAGGUUCUUACCACUUUUUUCUCUGAUUCAUAUUCUUCAGGUAUAUCAACUCAGAUCAGUACCAAUGACAUCUUUACUGUGUCAUCAUUUAUAUCCCCUGAUUUGGAUGUUACCACUUUUACCACCACAAGUUGUGAGGGUACAAUUACGUACACAAUUGUCAUCACAGUAACUUCCUAUUCAACAAGUGCUGGCACCUACAAGUAUACAAGUACCGCUGAUACCAUCUCUUUUGGAAACUUACCAAUUGCUACUUCUGAUUCUUUCUUGGACACAACAUCGGCUACUUUUGAGUCUGUUACAGAUGCAGCCGGGACCAAAACUGUUACUACAACAGAUUGUCCAACAACUAGUUCGACAAGUACAGAAAUUUUUGUUUCUGCAUCACACAGUACCAUUGAAAGUUACCUUGUCACUAAGUCCUCUGCAAUUUUGAAAUCAACCGAAGAAAUAUCUCACACAAAAAUAGGUGAAUCCUCAGCUGCUUUAUCGCCUCCAAAAACGUCAUAUGAUUCUGAUACCCUUUACACCACUGUCACAAUCACUACUUGCGACUCACAAGGAAGCACAUAUGUUACAGUGACCAGUUACCCAAAAUAUUACUUUUCUAGUGAAUUUGUGAGUGGCAUUUCUUCCACGGGUGGUGCUGUCACUACAAGAGCAAAUUAUUUGACUGAGUGGAAAAAUACAACCUCUACCACAAUUUCCGAUAUCGAUUCUCAGAAUACUUAUGAUUCUUCUUUGUCUCUUACAGAAUUGAUUACCGCAGUCAACUCGACUUCCUCGGAGACCUCAAGCUUUGAUGAUUGCCAAAUCUUUACUACAACCAUUUUUUUGUGGAGAAACGCUACUUCAGUAAUGAUGAAAUUCCCUUCAACUGCCUCAACACUUACCACUUCAGGAUUCAUCUUUAUUGGUUUGAUAACAUUUAUGGUGGUUAUUCUCAUUUGA